GAAGAGCCUGGGAAAAGGGAGUGACGUGGGUCGCUGCCUCGUUCAGUUCUCUUGCUUGGAUCCUGGCGUGGUGCGAGGCGGAAGGAGCUUUUAGGAGCGGAGAAGAAGAAGGAGGAGGGAGGGAGAGAGAGAGAGAAAGAAAGAAAAGAAAAGAAAAGAAGGGAUGAUUUUGUAAAGUUGGAAAGAGGGGCGAGGCCUUUUCUUUGGUGAAAGUCCUGGUCUGCUUUCGACUUGGAGUCCUAUCAUCACAGCGUCACCCAGAGGCACCCACAAAUGUAUUUGCAGAAUCCAGAAAAUGAUGGGUGAUGCAAGUGAGAUGCUGGCUGCCGCUUUGGAACAGAUGGAUGGCAUUAUUGCAGGUUCCAAGGCUCUGGAAUAUUCGAAUGGCAUAUUUGACUGCCAGUCCCCGACUUCUCCAUUCAUGGGUAGCCUGCGAGCGCUGCAUCUCGUGGAGGAUUUGCGUGGCUUACUGGAGAUGAUGGAAGCGGAUGAAAAAGAAGGAUUGCGGUGUCAAGUCCCAGAUUCGACAGCAGAGAUUUUGAUGGAAUGGUUGCAGAGCCAAAUGACCAACGGACAUAUAUCUACAAAUGGAGAUGUGUAUCAAGAGCGGCUUGCACGUUUGGAAAAUGACAAGGAAUCUCUUGUACUUCAAGUGAGUGUCCUUACUGACCAGGUGGAUGCUCAAGGAGAAAAGAUAAGAGAUCUGGAGCUAUGCCUAGAAGAACACAGAGAGAAGCUGAAUGCCACAGAAGAAAUGCUGCAGCAGGAGCUCUUAAGCAGAACAUCCCUUGAAACGCAAAAGUUGGACCUUAUGGCAGAAGUUUCUAACUUGAAGCUCAAGCUGACAGCUGUGGAAAAGGAUCGACUUGAUUUUGAAGACAGAUACAGAGACACAGAGGGCUUGAUGCAAGAAAUUAAUGAAUUGCGGCUAAAAGUGGGAGAAAUGGACAGCGAGAGACUUCAGUAUGAGAAAAAGCUUAAAUCUACCAAAGAAGAACUGGCAUCAUUAAAAGAUAAAUUAGACCAGAAGGAAGCUGAGAUAAAACAGUUGCAAGAGAGACUGGCUCACCAGGUGAAAGCAGAUGGGGUGGACAUAAAUGACAGAGAUGAAAAUUGUAAAAAGAAGCUCAAAGACAAAAAUGUUGAGGUGCAGAAAAUGAAAAAAGCUGUAGAAUCUCUAAUGGCAGCAAAUGAAGAAAAGGAUCGGAAGAUUGAGGAGCUUCGACAGUCUCUUAAUCGAUAUAAGAAAGUGCAGGACAUGGUGAUACUGGCUCAGGUCAAAAAAGGAAAGGAUGAUGAAGGUGAGGAGUCUGCAAACUCAGGAUCACUUUCAAUGACUUUGUUAGAUGAACAGAUUCUAAACGAAUAUGAGAAAAGUCCAUCCCCUACACCAGGGGAAGGCUCUCCAAACCACGAAGAGUUUGGAACACAAAGUCCUGAAAAGAAUUCACCACAGAUCCAUACGAGUGUCUUGCAAGUUCCCAUUCCUUCUUUUUCACCAGCAUCCAGAUGUUCAACAGAAUCUACCCAUAAAGUUAUUGCAAGUGAUGCCAGUGAAAAACACACCCCGAUGGCGUCUAUGGAAACACAGCUAGGCGAUACAAAAUUUAUGAAGCGCCUUCAGACAAGCUAUAUAGCACCAGGAAUUUACAGAAUUUUAACUUCAGUGCUGCAAAAAUCCAGCAGUCUUGGAAACUUGAAGAAAGAAGUCUCUGAUGACAAAGAGUCUGUGCAGAAGCAGGAAGAGAGCAAAGCAUCGAUGGAGAGUAGCAAAUAUGGAACCCUCCCUCCCAAAUCCCCAGGUGAAGAAGAUGCUUUUGGGACUCGGAAAGGCCGGUCUUCUUUUGGGCGAGGCUUUUUCAAGAUCAAAAGUAGCAAAAGGACAGCAAGUGCACCUAACUUGGAUCGCAGUCGAAGUGCAAGCGCACCCACCUUAGCUGAGACAGAAAAAGGAUUUGCAGACCACCUCGAUUUGGCUGGCUUGCCGCCUCGACCAAAAGGUACAGCAGAGGGGCCUCUGACUCCACCUUCGCCUGACUCCAAAAAGAAAGCAAGAGGAAUCAAGAAGUUGUUUGGAAGACUCAGGAGAAGCCAGUCUACCACGUUUAAUCCCGAUGACAUGACAGAGACUGAGUUCAAAAGAGGAGGAAUAAGAGCAACAGCAGGACCAAGAUUAGGCUGGUCGAGAGAUCUUGGACAAACCAAUAAUGAAUUGGACAUGCCAUUUGCUAAAUGGACAAAGGAGCAAGUUUGCAACUGGCUUCAUGAACAGGGCUUGGGUUCUUAUAUAGGUCAUGGCAAACACUGGAUACUUUCUGGCCAGACUCUGUUGCAAGCUUCUCAGACUGAUUUAGAGAAGGAACUUGGGAUAAAGCAUCCAUUGCACCGGAAAAAACUUCAGCUCGCUCUUCAGGCGUUAGGAUCAGAAGAAGAGAACAACCAUGGGAAACUGGAUUACAACUGGGUUACAAGGUGGUUGGAUGAUAUUGGACUACCCCAGUAUAAGACCCAGUUUGAUGAAGGAAAGGUUGAUGGCCGAAUGCUUCAUUAUAUGACUAUCGAUGACUUGCUGUCUUUGAAAGUUGUGAGUGUCCUCCACCACCUUAGCAUCAAACGUGCCAUUCAGGUUCUAAGGAUAAAUAACUUUGAACCCAACUGUCUGCGCAGGAGACCAUCGGAUGAGAAUAACAUCACACCGUCAGAGGUUUCACAGUGGACCAAUCAUCGGGUGAUGGAGUGGUUGCGCUCAGUUGACCUUGCAGAAUACGCUCCUAAUUUGAGAGGGAGUGGCGUUCAUGGAGGGCUAAUGGUUUUGGAACCUCGUUUCAAUGUAGAGACCAUGGCUCAGCUGCUGAACAUCCCACCCAACAAGACCCUCCUGAGGCGGCACUUGGCAACCCAUUUCAAUUUGCUGAUUGGUCAAGAGGCCCAGCAGCAAAAGCGUGAAGCCAUGGAAUCUCCGGAUUAUGUCCUUUUAACAGCCACAGCCAAAGUGAAGCCAAAGAAACUUGCUUUUAGUAAUUUUGGAAAUUUAAGGAAGAAGAAGCAGGAAGAUGGGGAAGAAUAUGUUUGUUCGAUGGAUUUGGGGCAGGCAUCUGGAAUGGGAUCAAAGAAAGGGAUGAAACCUGCUUUAGAUAUCAGAGUGUAUGAUGAGGAUGAUCUGGACAAACUGGAGCAGGUAAUGGUUGUGGCAAUGGAAGAUUCAGAAGGUACCGUGAGGCAAAUAGGGGCAUUUUCUGAAGGCAUCAACAAUUUGACUUACAUGUUAAAAGAAGAUGAAAUGUUCAAAGACUUUGCUACUUGCUCCCCUAGUGCCAGUAUAACAGAUGAGGAUUCCAACGUGUGACGUUUCGGUGUUGGAGGCUUCCGCUUUUUGAUAGUCCUCGGAGUGCCACCCUUAGAUGCGAUGGAGACACCACAUCAUGUAAUCAAAGGUCGCUUUUGCUUCUGUUUGUUAGAAGUGAUAUUUUCCUGGGAGACAAUAAGAAGAGUUGCCUAUUCUAAAGUUGCCAUAAAAUCCAUACCAGUGGGGGAAAUAUGUAUAUUUUCCUCCUGUGUAUAUUUUUUUCUGUGUUGAAACUUGUGACAUGUUUCAAAGUAUCAUAUUUAAUAUGACUGCUGCUGUCAUGUUCCUUCACAGAGUUGUGCCAUAUCAUAUAUCUGUAUUUCUCUUACUCAGUGUUUUUUUAAAAAAGAAAUAUAGGUGCCGGUACGUACCAUGCCCCCCCCCUACCGCCACUUGCCCCCCCACGCAACCACUCUCUCCCUUCCUCCUCAGCCACCGCUUCCCAAGGCUGGAGCCAAAAGCGCCUUCUAGGAAGGCGCUUCCCAAUUGUAAAAAGAUUGUGCCAAAGCACCUCUACUCUGGGGCUACCUUUUUAUGUUCAUCAGGCACCUUCCUGGAAGGCAUUUUGGCAAUUGUAAGCACCGUGCCAAAGCACCUUCGGGAGCCCAAGCCUGCAGCCUCGGGAAGUGGUGGCGGAGGAGGAGCGGCAAGGGGGGGGAAAAGCGGCAAUGGCAAGAUGGUGGGAGGGGGAAAAGAGGCAGCUGUGCGGCAGAACUGGCGCGUACCGCCUUAAAGAACGUUCUGCUCGCACUUUUCUUCAAGUAAUACAAAACAAAAAGAAAACCAUUCAACUAGAGACCUCUGGAAUUGGCAUCCAUUGUAUAUAUUUCAACUAAUCCUGGUUUCCCAUUUGAACAAAUUGCUCAAAAAUAAAUAGCUAGCGUAUUCAUUGGUGGCUAAACCAAUGCUCAUAUAAUCCACAAGAACGGAAUCUUGUUGUCUUAUUUUUUAUACAAUUUUUAUUAAAAGGAGAAAAUGUAUUGAGUACAUACAAAUCAGAAUUUUAUAUUGUAGUUGAUUACUUUUGUUUUUUUAAAGAGAGGAAUUCCUGUUUGAAAACCAGCUGGUUACUGGAGAAGUCAGACUGAUCUUAUAAAUGACUUGUGCCUCCCCUCCCCCAAGGGAUGCCUGCAUUCUUACAUCAGGAAUGAGUUAUAAAAAUUGAUUUUUUUCCCCAUCAUUAAGAAAAAUCUCUGCGGUGUCCCUUUUCCAGCAUUAAAAUAGGAUUUUAAUAACACUUUAAAAUUUUGAGACUGAGGAACAGCCUUUAGGAAGAUCCAUUUUCUCUCUCACACUUGAUGCAAUGGAAGUGUUCUUUAAAUUUAUACCAAAAGGAGCAUUAGCGAAUUCACUUUAUUUUACAGUAUUGAAUUCAGAUAUGGAAUCUUGCCUUUUAAGUAUAUUUGACCAUAAUAUAACAUAUUGACAGAUAUUUAUAUAGUACUUGGUUUUUUGUAAAGCACAACUUGUAUUGACUUUUUAAAAACUUGUAAAAUUCAGAUUAGCCAGUCAAAAAAUGGUUGCUGAAGCUUUCAGCAGAAUACAUCUGACUCUUGUGCUGUGUGUGUGAGUGUCUCUCUCUUCCCAGUUCACCAUCACCCUGAAAUAGUUACGGCUAAUUUAGUAACUGCAUAAAAUGAUGAUGUGGCAAACAUUUGGAGAGGUUGUCUGACAUCUACAAUGUAAGCAAUUCUUUUCCACUUCAGUACUUCAAAAGUUUGAGAAUAGUAAUCCAGAGACCUUUGCAGGAGUGUUAAAGUUGGGUGUUUGGUGUGUGCUCAGCUAUUAUGAACUGUUGUUGAAAACUGUACAACAAUAUAUACCUGAAUGUGCAGAUUGACCUUGCCUGCUUCCUGACAUGCUAGCUUUCUGCUUGCAAGGAAUCUUUUUUAAAAAACCACCACCAUGGGGGGCAUUCAAGCAUGUGAUUGAUCACAGGCUUCCUCAAACUUGGCCCUCCAGAUGUUUUUGGCCUACAACGCCCAUGAUCCCUAGCUAGGAGGACCAGUGGUCAGGGAUGAUGGGAAUUGUAGUCUCAAAACAUCUGGAGGGCCAGGUUUGAGGAAGCCUGCUCUAUCAUGUAAUUUAUUUGCAUGUAUAGACUGGCCCUCGGUUUGAUUUCAUAAACCAGCGCUGAUCCACUUCUUCACACACAUUUAUUUAUGGUUGUCAGAAUUGUUAUCAGAUUGUGGUUUCUGUUUAUUCCAAAGAGAUUUGCCAAUACAGUAUAUACAGGUGCGGAAUGACUGUCUUUAAUAACACGGACUCCACAAAUUUGUUCAUGGCCACCUGGGUGUCCGAAUAAAUACAGAUCCAUGGUGGAACAAUUACUUUCUCGUUAAUUGUGAAUAAAUGUAUUUAUGAAUUAAGAUCACCUACCAGCAGCCUCACAUUUGUAUAAAAAAAUACUGCAAACCUUGUGUAAUGGCACACACUGGUUGCAAUAAAAUACAGUACAGGGGGUAAAAUUGUGACUAGAGAAUCAAAGACGGGCAAGUGCAAAUGCGCAAACAACAUUAAGUGAAUGAAACACUAACUUGCAUAUAUGAGCAACAUCAACUUCUCAUUUCUUAACGCUGAUGUAAAUGGAAGUUGGAUGAACAGCAUUUUGCUGGUUAGAAGAAUAUUCUUUUAUUAUUUCUACGGGAUUGAGGGAGGGAAGAGUAAUCUAAAACACUCAUGAUUCAGCCAAGCAGUUAGCAUAAAUGGGUGCUAUAAAUGAUAUUUUAUUUGGAUGCGUGUGUACAAAGUAGUCGGCAUAAACAUAUGUAUGUCAUGCUAGAUAAAUAAAUACCUAUUGAGAGAAGUAAAAAAAAAAAUUCUGGAAUUUAAUCUCUUCUUUGCAAAAGAUAUAUAUACAAGGUUUUCAAUAACCCCUUUUUUGCCCUUAACUGUAGAGAUCAGCCUUUCGAUGUUUUUAUGCAGCACAAAGCUUUCUCUUGCCCAGACCCCAAGGCAUGCAAGAAGUUUUGUGCAACUGGCCCUUUCUGAUAAUUUCAUUGAUGGUGCAAAUCAGCAAAUAUACACUGGAACACUCAUAUUGAACACAAACUAGAGAAAUAUUUGCUAACAAGAGACCUCUGUGCCUGUGAAAGUUGUGUAGAUCUGGGCCAGAAAAUCAAUAUGGGGGUGGGGGGUGGGGUGCAGAAGCCCGCUUUGAAAUCUUAUAUAUUGCUUAGACAGGAGCCUCAGUUUUAAAAAGUAUGAGACCUCAUUUAGCCAGUGGAAGAGCAAUGGCAAAUCACUUGUGGGUGGUCCAGUGCUAUCUUACACCAUUCAUUCAAUGUAUCUGUCUACUGGUUAUCAUUGGCUGGUGUUUAUAACAUGCUCUCUAGCAAGCUGCUUUAACUAGCUGGUGAUGUCUCAGUUGCUUCCUUUUGAGCUUCCUUAUUUCAAUGGGUUUGAUUGAAUGAAAAAAGUCCAGUUUUCCAUAGCAUGGCUUGUUUGCCCCACACGGCAGGAGGGGUGCACUUCCACGGUUAUGUAAAUGUAAACAAGGUCUUUGUGGCCAUGGUGUAUCGUGAGUUACAGGAAAGGACUCACUUACUGUGAGGCUGGAACAUGGAUUGGUAACAAGUGUCACACAUCACAUAGCUAUUGUGCUGUUGUUGGUAUUGUUACUACAGUGGAACCUCAGUUUACGAACACCUCGGUUUACAAAUUUUCGGUUUACGAACGCCGCGGACCCACCUGGAACGGAUUAAUUCACUUUCCAUUACUUUCAAUGGGAAAGUUCGCUUCAGUUUAUGAAUGCUUCACUUUAUGAACAGACUUCCAGAACCAAGUGUGUUCAUAAACCGAGGUAUCUGAAGAAGUGUGCAUGCACACGAAAGCUCAUACCAAAAUAAAAACUUAGUUGGUCUUUAAGGUGCUACUGAAGGAAUUUUUUUAUUUUACGAGGUACCACUGUAAUUGGAAUAGGUAGAGUGAAGCUAAGUAAUGAAUUUAUCUGAUGCAAGUACCUAUUUAGAUGAUGGCUUUUGUUCAUCCUGCCCCUGUACAUGCCAUCAAAUCAGUUUUGUGGGUCCCCCCCCAAAACCUCUGGACCAGAUCAUGGGGGAGGGGAGAGCAGAGGGAGGGGAAAUUCCUGUUGCACAAGUGGAAGUCUUUGCCUGUACAGGGCAAAUUUGUUGGAUACAACACUUGGUCGUUAACUCUUUUUACACCCUUAGGCUUCUUGUUAGGCUAAAUAUGUUUGUUCAUUUUGUAUCUUCCUUUUCGUAUGUUUUUUUUUAAAAUAGCUGUGCACACACAGAGACAUGUAAUAAGUUGAUGUGGUAAAGGAACAGUGGGGAUUCAGCUGCAUAUUUUGUGUCAGUUGUUAUUGCUAGCAUAAAAUAAGCAACAUCGCAGGUGUGGAUAGUUCAGCCAUAUUGGAUUUAUUGUGUAUUGUGCGUGUUGCAUAGCCGGGACAUUAGUUUCUGAUUCUUCUUGUGGUAGCCCAAUCAUUCUCAGAACUGCUAUGGAUUGAAGCAAAGGUCAUAGAAUCGUUUGUCUGAAACAGCAGAAAUUGGCAGGCGUCAGUGUAGCAGUUUUUAACUCAGAUGUUUCUUGCUACCCUAUUUUUUGAAAUCUUCCAAAAGGAAGUCCAACUGAAUUCUCGGGGUUUACACCCAAGUACCUGUGUAGAGUUGCAAGCAAUAAAGAUUUAAAUAACUGCUGGUGAUCUGAAGCGUUCUGCUUUGAAUAAAGCAUGGUGUGUCUGACGGGCCAGGCCAAUGAAAUGGAACUACCCUCAGAAUACAAAAGUGGAUGGCUACUUUGAAACAUUCAUAUUCUUCCACCCUCCCUAGUUUGGACUAAAGCGCAAAGGAAGUAUUGGCACUUCAGAAAUGAAAACUGGUUUCAGAAAUGAAAUGAAAACUUCAGAAACUGGUUUCUGUUAGCUGAGGUGGAGCAGGGGACACCCAGUUUUGUGCUGGCACUCAGGAAGCUGUGACUAAUUUGCAUGGGAAGGUUUUGUGUCUAGUGUAAAACAAUGGAAAAUACCACUUAUAUAUGUUAGCCAUUUAACCUGAAAAAAAAUACCACCUUGAGGUCAUCUUGAAUGAAAGCUCCACCCUUGACAAGAUGAUGGGCCAAAAAGUAUCACAGGAAACGAACCAAGAGCAUAAGGCUGGUUAUAUGUGAUGUUUUUAGCCAAGAAGGGGUCUAUGCGUCUCAAAAGCUAAGAGUAUCUUAGCUUUGAAGAUACACAAAGCAAAUCCCACCUAGCCACAGAUACCCGAAAUGAAUUUUUUUCUGGUCAACUUCCAUCAGUUUCUGGCCUAUUGAGAUAGCUUAGCAGCCCUCUCCCAUCUUUCAGUAAUAAUUAACAGAGCCUUCUUGUUAAGGUGGAGCAGAAGAGCAAUGGUGUAUGUCUUAAGUGAAGGGAGGGACCUUGGUGUGGAGCGGAUGUUGUUACGGUAGAAAAAGGAUCCCCAGUUCCCCUCUUGCUCUGCCAUGCCUCUUCGCCAGUUCAGCUCCAGAUGUAAAGGAGAGGUAUCAGUUUAAAUAUGUCACCCCUGGUCCAGGUUUCCUGUAUCAGUAAGAUCUGAUAAUGUGAUAGAAAAUCAGUGGAAGAGUGUUCUUUCUGCUGGCCUGUUGGCUGUCAACCCUUUUCCCUCACAAGGUAGUUGGUGGGGCUGUUAAUUCCACCAAGGCUGCAGGACAGUUCUUGGAUAUUCUUUGCAUAUGGCAAACCUCUGAUAGCCUCUUUUUAAAUACAGUGGUACCUUGGUUUAUGAACACAAUUGGUUCCAGAAGUCUGUUCAUAAACUGAAGCGAACUUUCCCAUUGAAAGUAAUGGAAAGUGGAUCAAUCUGUUCCAGACGGGUCCACGGAGUACUUAAACUGAAGCGUUCAUAAACUGAAGCGAACUUUCCCAUUGAAAGUAAUGGUAAGUGGAUUAAUCCGUUCCAGACGGGUCCGCGGAGUACUCAACCUGAAGCGUACUUAACCCGAAGCAUGGGUGUAAUUGGUUCCGGAAGUCUGUUCAUAAACUGAAGCGUUCAUAAACUGAAGCGAACUUUCCCAUUGAAAGUAAUGGAAAGUGAAUUAAUCUGUUCCAGAUGGGUCCACGGCGUUCGUAAACCGAAAAUUCGUAAACCAAGGUGUUCAUAAACCGAGGUUCCUCUGUACUCCAUUACAAGUGUGUGAUUUGCCAUCAGCAUGCACCCCCUCAUUCCUGUUUUCUUCAUGGUUGACACUUGUGAAGCAAGAGGGUUUAAAAAAGCACACCUCAAAACUACCCAGUACAUAAUAAACCUUGUGUGAUGAGUGUUUGAUAACUGCUCUGUGGCUUCUUAUAUGCUUUUUUAUUUGUAUACAAGGAACUGGGACUGAGAAAAUGAUGAUCUGCUCCCUGCAAAUUUCGAUUUCAUCAUCUUAUUGCACGUAAAGCAUGCUGCAACAGGCAAGUCAGUUUCAAUCCUGUUGUCAGAUUUUCUCUCUGGUUAAGCCAAAAUCAUGGUGCAAGUCAACAGCUGCACACAGUAAUAGGCCAAAUUAAUAUAUAAAUGGCAGCUGUUAAGCUGUACUGCCUACCUAGAAAUAUCAAUGACCAGGAAGAGCCAUUUUUAGAUAGCCUGAUGCACACUAGCAAAACAUUUCCUCUGUUCUAAAGGCUAUAAAAAGGGGGAGGUGGGAGCAGGAAAUGGAUCUUGCUUGACUCAGCUGAUCCUGCCAUUAUCCCUGCAGGCACACGGAGGAGUGAAUGUAGGAGCUGUUAAUAUGCAGUUGUUGUGAACAGAAUUUGUGUCCCCUUGUUGAAAACUUCUUAGUCAUGUACAUGUGGUCUAAAGGAUAGUGUAGCUGUUUGUAAGAUGGGGCAAGGACCAUAUGCAAGAGGCUGCCAGACCAGACAUUUUCCAAAUUAUAAAUACACCCAGUAUGGAAGAGCAUGUCUUUUAAGGUAGGAUUUUUGGUACCUCAACUCCCAUUCAUAUAAUCUAUCAGAGGGAGGGUGUAUGAAUCAGAACCCCCUGGAACAGAAGUGUGUGUGUGUGUGCAGAUGGACUUACAGUGGUACCUCGCUAGACGAAUGCCUCACAAGACGAAAAACUUGCAAAACGAAAGCGUUUUGCAAUUUCAAUGGAGACUUGCAAGACGAAGUUUCCUAUGGUGUGUUUCGCAAGACGAAUUUUUUCGUCCCAUAGGGUGCCUCGCAAGAUGAAUUUUUUCUCUCUCCAUCUUGCGAGGCACCCUAUGGGAAACCGCACUUCAAUGCAUUCCUAUGGGAGCUGCUUUGCAAAAUGAAGCAAAACGAAUUAAAUUCGUCUAGCGAGGCACCACUGUACUGCUUAUAGUUGGCAUUUUUGCUACAUGCUCACUCAUGGACAGACUGGAUAACCUUCAGUAACUUGUUCUCAAACCCCUCCCCCCCAUUAUCUAGUUAGUAGUAAUACAGAGGUAAUCAUAUUGGCGUACUUUGGAGUAGUUAAGGAUUAUGAAGAAAAUGUGCUUGAGCUUUAAAUAACUGAAAUAGAAUAAUUGACUUCUGAGUAGCUUCAUUUGGUCUCCAAUGCAUGCUGUUAAUUAUACUGCAGAAAGGUCUGUCCAUCUGACUUACUGUUUAUUUCUAUAUUGAAGCAAACUUUGUUAGGUCAAGCAAGGUCUGUGCAAGCUUUGAAUUCUAGUCUAGAGCUUUUCACUAGGGUGGUUCACACGCAAGCAACCUUGCUCUCUCCUGCUGUUGCUGAAGUACAUCUCCCAUCAUUACAGUAUUUAAGUGCUGAUUUCUCUGCCCUCACAUUAUGUUUGACUUCUUGACUUCGCUUGGUUGGUAGAGCAUGGGACUCUUAAAUCUCAGGGUCAUGAACUCUCUGCAUUGCCAGGGGUGGGACUAGAUGACCCCCCCCCCCAUGGUCCCUUCCAACUCUCCAAUUUUAUGAUUCUAUUAUUUUAUCUUGCUGACUCUGCUGGAUACAGAGCCAUUUUAACUGUUUCCCCAGAGUGGCUGGAAAAACCCAGCCAAAUGGGCAGGGUAGAAAUAAUGAAAUAUUUUGCGUUCUCCUUUGUGAGCCAUGUCAGAGAACAUUUAUUUCACCUUUGUUUUUUUUUUGUUUUUUUACAUUUAGUCCAACAUUAAGGUAAGAUGACAUCUGUGAAAUAAAUAAACGAAAUAAGUAAGCAAAAAAAGUUUUAUUUCUACCACGUUGCAGUUGGAAAAUUUAAUUGCUGAACAGGUAGGAUGUGUCCUACAAGAGAGUUUGUGUGAGGCGAGCCAGAGCUGUUCAACACCUCAAUAAUACAUUUAUUAAAAAGUUAAGGCUCCCUUUGCCCACAGUGAUAUACAAAAAUAUUAAGCAAAAAGAUAGUUACAUGGACUUUGAAGCAACUCUUGUGGCAGAAAAUAAGCAAUCGAGGAAUUUAGCACACACAGAAGUAAAACCAUUCUAGUGUUUUGUUCUAUCUUCUUCGGCCUCUUGCUCUUCCACUUUCCAGGUCCUAACUUGUGCACCCUUGACUGGCAUUCAAUCAGGCUGCAACCCCUCCCACCCCCUUCUCAAAAGAUUUCAGCAAAUAUAUGUACUGUAGUGGCUUGCUUUUGUUCCUCAAAACACCAUACAUUGCUCCUCCCAACAAGGGCAAGUAUGGUACUGCUACGCAGCAGUCCUGAAACUGAUCAACUCAGCCCACAGGAUGCUUCAGGGCAAGAUAUAGAAGAGCCUUGGAAUCAGCAUACAGGACAGGACAGAAGCAUGCUCAAAUAGACUGAGGAGCCUGUUCUCUCUAGGUGGAAGGAAAAACAGCAAAGGCACAGGGAGGGACGCCAGGCUGCAGUUCUAGUUUUAAUGAAAUGGACAAAAGGAAGGCAGAGUCUGCCUAAAGUUGUUUGUGCACAAUCCACCCCCAACUGAAAUAACUGGAAGGCACCCAAGAGGAGUGCUUGCACAGCUUGCAGAGUUUUCACUUCAUUUCAAUGUGGCUUUUUAUCCCAAUGUCCAAGUGGGAUAGUAGCCCAUGCAGAUAAAAAAAGGAUGUCUGGAAGAGACUAGAACUUACUCAUUCGAGAAUGCGAGACUUCAUCACACACACACACGUUCAUACACAAUGGAAUUAAUUUUGGGGGGAAUCUGGCCACAGAAUUUUAAUUUAACAAACAAAGCUAUUUAGCAACUUAUAAAAGAUCUAUAUAAAAAGAGUAGUUAAAAUGCACACGAUAUCUCUGCAGUUAAUAGGCCUUACGUGCAUCUCUCUGGAAUCUGUAGAAGUCUUCAUUCUUUACCAGAUAAUAAAGAAUACCUGCUUUCCGAUCCCUUCUGGCAGUUGUAAAGCUUACAGUUUAAGAAGAUAUAUACAACACACACUUAGAGCUUUAAGUAACUGUUUGAUGUCCCACAGCAUUCCAAACGUGACUCGACUUCCAAAAAAUCAAUUACAACUUAAAUACCAUUUUUAAAAAAUCAGUGGGACUUAUUUCCACAUAAAUGUCUUCAGCACUGGGCUGUUUUACACACUUCACUACUAAAGAAGGGAGGAAGCAUUUUAAGGAACACUUGGUGUACAAAGCUUUGCUUGGGAAUGCUUAGCAAGAGAAACUUAAGGAAGACGUUGCUCUAUAGUGAGACAAUAAAUCAGCUGUGUGUUCUCAGUAUACAAAGGUUUCUAAUGUAUUUUCAUUAAAUAAGCAACACUCCCCAC